CCCGUCCGGGACGCGUUUCCUCCGCUCCUGCAAUUGGCCUGGGGCCGCCCGCGCCCGCGUUAUAAGGUGCGGAGGGCGGCCGGCCGCGCUCGUCCCGCACCAUGGCGCUCAGCGACACCGCCCUGCCCUCCUUCGCCACCUUCGCCAGCCCCUGCCGCGAGAAAGCGCUGCACGAAGUGAGUGUGCCCCGCGCCCCGCUGCGCCCCGCGGCCCCCCAGGCGAAGGGCAGCUCUAACCCCGUCCCUUUUCUCUCCCCACAGAGGUGGAAGUGUGAGCAGGAGGCCAAGACCCCCGCCGGCACCUGGGGCGGCCUCUCCCCGCGCAAAGAGGAUGAGGAUCUCAACAACGUGCUGGAUUUUAUCCUUUCCAUGGGCAGCGAUGGCUACGGCCAGGGCGCUGCCGGCGGGGACUAUCCCCCUGCCCAAGGCGAAAGCGGUGGCUUUUACCAGACGAGCCCGUCCCCGGGAUGCUACAGUGCCCUGGAGCAGGGCAGCCCCCCGCCCUACAACGCCGGCAUGGUGCCGGAGAUGCUGCGAUCCGAGAUGGACUCCAGCUACUGCCCUCCUGGCAGCGUCCACGGCCGCUUCUUCGUGACCCCCACCUUCGGCGGCCCGCAGUUCGUCGAGAACAUUAAGCCCGAGCCCGACAUGGACAAUUAUGGACCGGUCCUGGGUCUGGUGCCCCAGGCUUGCCCGAAGAUCAAGCAGGAGGGGAACGCCACCUGCAUGAUGGCCUACGAGCAGCCGCGGGUGGCCAGCUCGCCGCAGAUCCCCGGGGCAGAGACGCCGCCGCUGAGCCCCGACGACCUCAUGGCGAACGAGUGCCACUCGCAGAUGAUGUGCCCCUCGUCCGUGUCCUACCAGCAGAGUUACCACCCGGCCUCCGGCUUCCACCACCCGCAGACGCACCUCCAGUACCAGAACACCUCCCAGUUUGGCCUCUUCGAGGACAGCCUGCCCUUGCAGCCCUCGGCUCCCAGGGGCAUGCUCACCCCUCCUUCCUCCCCUCUGGAGCUGCUGGACUCCAAACCCAAGCGAGGACGCCGGUCGUGGCCGAGGAAGAGGACGGCCACUCACACGUGCAGCUACGCCGGGUGUGGGAAGACCUACACCAAGAGCUCACACCUGAAGGCUCACCUCAGGACGCACACAGGUGAGAAGCCCUACCACUGCAACUGGGAAGGCUGCGGCUGGAAGUUCGCCCGCUCGGACGAGCUCACCCGGCACUACCGCAAGCACACGGGGCACCGGCCCUUCCAGUGCCACCUGUGCGACAGGGCGUUCUCCAGGUCCGACCACCUGGCUCUGCACAUGAAGCGGCACAUGUAGCCCCGGGAGCCCGCCCUGCCGCCACUGGACCUCGCAAAACUGCUCAGGUGCAGAAGGGUUAAAAAAAAAAAAUAAA